AUGAAACUUAAAGUUCUUAUAUUUGUCUGUUUAGUUCUGAGUAGCGUUGUGGGGUUUUCUCAUGGGGGUAGCCUCGUAAAAAACUUCUACAAGAAAAGCUGUCGUCGUGCAGAAGCCAUCGUAAAGGAGGUUACAGAGGAAAAUGUGGCCAAUAAUCCCAAUUUACCCGCAAAGUUGCUAAGAAUGCAUUUCCAUGACUGCUUUGUUAGGGGAUGCGAUGGAUCGGUUCUGCUAAGCUCGACGGAGAGUAACACAGCGGAAAAGGACGCAGUUCCAAACCAAUCAUUGGCAGGUUUCGACGUGAUUGAUGCCAUCAAAGAAAAGGUUGAGAAGGAAUGUCCAGGAAUCGUUUCUUGUGCUGAUAUUCUUGCCUUGGCAGCUAGAGACUCCGUUACCUACAAAUUUAAGAAACCCACGUGGGAUGUGCUUACGGGAAGAAGAGAUGGCACGGUAUCACUAAUCAGUGAGGCAUUGCUCAAUAUUCCAAGUCCUUCCUCCAACUUCACCAAACUUAAAAACACUUUUGCCCGUAAAGGUCUCAAUGUCCACCACCUUGUGGUACUAUCAGGAGGUCACACAAUAGGAGUAGCGCAUUGCAAUUUCUUCAGCGACAGGCUCUACAACUUCACAGGAAAAGGCGAUCAGGACCCUUCCUUGGACUCGAACUACGCGGAAUUCUUGAAGAGCAAAUGCUCUCCUAAUGACGCAGGAGCGACAACCGUUGAAAUAGACAAUAACAGCUCCCUCGACUUCGACACCAACUUCUACAAGAUCCUUAAAGAGAACAAGGGUCUAUUCCAGUCCGACGCGGCGCUUCUAACAAACAAAGUCGCUCGCAACACCGUCGGGGAGUUGGUCGACCGCGACACCUUCUUCAAGGAGUUUGCUCAAUCCAUGAAGACGAUGGGAGCUAUUGAGGUCCUUACCGGCACGGCUGGUGAGAUUAGGAACAAGUGUUCGGCUGUCAAUUCUUGA